AUGAGCACCUUCACCGCCAUCUACAACUUUGUGACCUACACGGCAAGCGGGUUCUCGGUGAUGAUGAACGUGUCGCCACUCCUCACGAUUCGCCGGCUGGAGCAGUCGGGCACCGUGGGGGCGUCUACCAUCACUUUCUACGGUGCACAGAUGUACAGCGCCAUUACGUGGGCCUCGUACGGUGUCUUCUCCACCUCUUACCCGCUGCUCAUCUCGAACACCCUCGGCAACGCCGUCUCGACCUACUGUAGUCUCGUGUUCCUCGCAGUAGCGCGGCGGGAGGAGAAGUCAGGACGCACGCUGCAGUCCACAACCUACUCCAAGAGCGUCAUGACGUACGUCUUCUUCUUCCUGCUCUGCGCCGCGCACCUGCUGCUGAGCAUCAUCAUCAUUAUCUCUGGCCGACCGGAGGCGGCAAAGACGAUUACUGGCUACGAGGGGUGCGUGGCGAUCAUCGUGAUGCUGAGCUCCCCCCUUAUGGCGUUCAAGCACAUUGUGGCUACGAAGAACGCCGAGGUUCUCGCGCCGGCCAUGGUCGGCUGUGCAUUUUUCAACUCACUCUUCUGGCUCAUCGCGGGCUUAAUGACUGGCGACGCCUUCAUCGUCGCCCCCAACGUCCCGUGCCUGCUUGCGUGUUGCGUGCAGGUGGCGCUGCUGGUCAUCUACGGGCGGAGGCCGACGGCGCCGAAGGAGAUGAGGGAGGGCAUCGCUCCCACUCCUUUUGGCUAG